AUGGUCCUUCGAUUGGAUCCGUCAUUUAUUCCUAAAGUGAAUACCUUGUUCCACAGGAUGCAGGAGGUGAUCCUGCCAGAUUUUUGUCCUCGUCCAUCUCAUGAUUUAGAACGCCAAUGGCACACCUUGGACGUUCGUAGGGCAUUACGCCAUUACAUCAAGUGGACUUCAGUCUUUCGCAAGUCGGAAGCACUCUUUAUCUCCUUUCAACCCUCUUCCAUGGGGCAGAAGGUUUCUUUAUCAACUAUAGGCAGAUACCUGAUUAGUCAAGGAGCAUAUGUAGGAGCUGUAAACAGUGAAGGAAACACUCCAUUAGAUAUUGCUGAAGAAGAAGCAAUGGAAGAAUUGCUUCAAAAUGAAGUGAAUCGACAAGGGGUUGAUAUUGAGGCAGCUCGGAAAGAAGAAGAGCGUAUAAUGCUUAGGGAUGCUAGACAGUGGCUUAAUAGUGGUCGUAUAAAUGAUGUUCGGCAUGCAAAAUCAGGUGGUACAGCUCUUCAUGUAGCUGCUGCUAAAGGGUAUACGGAAGUCUUAAAGCUAUUAAUACAAGCUGGGUAUGAUGUAAAUAUUAAAGAUUAUGAUGGAUGGACACCACUUCAUGCAGCUGCUCAUUGGGGAAAAGAAGAAGCAUGUCGAAUACUAGUUGAAAACUUGUGUGACAUGGAAACUGUCAAUAAAGUGGGUCAAACAGCAUUUGAUGUAGCAGAUGAAGACAUUUUAGGUUAUUUAGAAGAGCUUCAAAAGAAACAAAACAUGCUUCAUAGUGAGAAAAAGGAGAAGAAAUCACCUUUAAUUGAAUCAACAACCAACAUGGAUAAUAAUCAGUCUCAAAAAUCAUUUAAAAAUAAAGAUACUUUGAUCAUUGAGCAAGACAAGAAUCCAUCAAACAUUGAGUCUUUAGAACAAGAAAAGGGUGAUGAGGAGGAAGAAGGAAAGAAAGAUGAAUCCAGUUGCUCUAGUGAAGAAGAUGAGGAAGAGGAUUCAGAAUCGGAAGCAGAAACAGAAAAGAACAAAUCUACAGCUAAUAAUUCAAGUACCACCAAUGUGCAAGCUUCCUCGAUUGUUGUAACAACACCAUCUGUUCCUACUGGUCAAGUGACACCUACAUCCCCUCUUAAAAAGUUUCCAACUUCAGCUAAGAUUUCUCCCAAAGAAGAAGAACGAAAAGAUGAGUCUCCUGCUUCUUGGAGAUUGGGUCUUCGAAAGACAGGCAGUUAUGGGGCUCUGGCAGAAAUUACAGCUAGCAAAGAAACUCAGAAAGAAAAAGAUUCAACAGGUGUUAUGCGUUCAGCUUCAAGCCCUAGAUUAUCAUCUUCAUUAGAUAACAAAGACAAGGAGAAAGAUACAAAAACAACCAGGCUUGCUUAUGUGGCACCUACAAUACCAAGACGGCUGGCCAGUACAUCAGAUAUUGAAGAGAAAGAAAAUAGGGAUUCUUCAGCUAGUAUAAUACGUGGUAGUGGUUCUUAUACUAGAAGAAAAUGGGAAGAAGAUGCAAAGAAAAAUAUCUCAAAUGAAGGAACCACAUCACUAAAUUCAAGCUAUCAGAAAAGCAGUUCCUUUGGUAGAAGACAAGAUGACUUGAUUAAUACUAGUGUUCCAAAUACUACAUCUAUAUCAACUGUUACCUCUCUCACUGGUCUUCAGAAAAAUCUGCUUUCUAGUACAACCACUGCUGCAAAAGCCACAACAGGUUCAGCAACAUCAGUCCUGCAAAGCAGUACCUCGAAUCGUUUGUGGGCUGACGAUAGUUCUGAGAAAGACAAAGACAAUGUUUCCACAGCACUGACUGUUCCUGUUGCACCCUCAGUUCUGAAUACUGGGGUUACUACUACUGCCUUGACUACAACUACUACUGGUACUGUGUCAUCUUCAGAAGUCAGGGAGAGACGCAGAUCAUACCUCACUCCAGUUCGGGAUGAAGAAUCAGAAUCCCAAAGAAAAGCUAGAUCAAGACAAGCGAGGCAAUCCAGAAGAUCCACACAGGGUGUCACAUUAACUGAUCUCCAGGAAGCUGAAAAAACAAUUGGUAGAAGUCGUACUACACGAACUAGAGAACAAGAGAAUGAAGAAAAAGAAAAAGAAGAAAAAGAAAAACAAGACAAAGAAAAACAGGAAGAAAAGAAAGAAUCUGAAACUAAAGAUGAUGAUUACAGGCAAAGAUAUGCACGAACAUUAGAGGAGCCAUAUCAUCGUUAUAGAACUACAUCUUCAAUUGCUUCAUCAGCUUCUUCAGUAGCCACUUCUAAUUCUUCAAGUCAAUUGAAUAGACCAAAUAGCAUUAUAGGUAUAACUUCUGCUUACUCAAGAAGUGCAGCAAAAGAAAAUGAAAGAGAAACAGACAAGAAGGAAGAAGAAAAGGAAGAAGAUAAAUCUCAAACAAAAUCGAUAAGAGAAAGACGGCGGCCAAGAGAAAAACGAAGAUCAACAGGAGUUUCUUUUUGGACUCAAGAUAGUGAUGAAAAUGAACAAGAACACUUGUCUGAUUCAGAAGAAGGAACAAAUAAAAAAGAAGCACAGAGUGAUAGUCAUUCAAGAUAUGACACAGGGUCAUAUGGAGAUCGCUGUGAUUCAGUACUAGGACGGACCGGUUACAGUUACUUGGAAGAUCGUAAAUUAUACACCAGUAAACUAGAAAAAGAAGAUACAGCUGACUUUAAAAAGCUUUAUGAACAGAUUAUAGCUGAAAAUGAAAAACUGAAAGCACAGUUGCAUGAUACAAACAUGGAAUUAACGGACCUUAAGCUGCAAUUGGAGAAGGCAACUCAGAGACAGGAAAGAUUUGCUGAUAGAUCUCUGCUAGAAAUGGAAAAAAGGGAACGAAGAGCUCUAGAAAGGCGAAUAUCUGAAAUGGAAGAAGAACUCAAGAUGCUACCAGAUCUGAAGGCUGAUAACCAGAGGCUAAAGGAUGAAAAUGGGGCCUUGAUCAGAGUGAUCAGCAAGCUUUCCAAAUAGAAUUUGUUUACUCACAUCAGCAAAUCAUGGGAUUGCACAUAAUUAGUAACUCCAGUGGACCAUAGCAUGGAAGUCACUGGAUGCCUGGGAAGAUUUCUUGGAAACUGUUGUUUUCAGAUAUUCUGCCAAAAGCCCUUUUACUUGGGUGUGUGUUUUUUAAACCAGGAUCAUAUUUUCAUGUGUUAAAGCAGCUGCUGAGAAGACAAAAUGACUGAAAAAUCUUGUUUACAGCUACUGCAUAUAAGGAAAGUGUUCAAGGCCUGACAAGCCUCAGAUAUUUAACCAGUAAGCCUUAGUUGUACAUAAACGUGUUUUAAAAAAAGCUUUCUGCUAUCACAGUUACUUUAUUUUAUUGUGUUGUCACAGUUUCUGGUCCCCCCCCCCCUUAUUUUGAUUUUUUUUUAAAAAAAUAUCUAAGUUUGGAUUUGUGUGUUCCCUUCUAAUUAUUCAUGUACCAGAUUUUUUCUUUGUACAGUAUUCUCACAGCUUUAUAUCUAUAGAGACACACAUCCUUUAUAAAUUCUACAGUGUAACUAACUAAGCCUAUAUUUUUCAUUCAUCCACCCCAAAACCAGAGCAGUUUCAAGGAACCUUUGCUUUCACAGUUGUGCAAUAUGCAUUUAUUUCUAUGAAAGAUGCUUUAAAAAGUCAACUGAAAAUAGAUUAUUUGAAUUUUUUUGUCUCUAGCCUCAAUUGGUCACUUUUUUAAAAGAAAAGAAAAUAGACUGUAGUGCAAAAUAUUAGAUUCUAUAACCUUCACAUUAAUUUUAGUAGGUACUGAGUGAUGCUGUAUAUAUUAAUGUAUAUUGUUUGGAUUUUUCAGACCCACAUGAUAUGCUUGAAUAAAGAAAUCCUUAUUUGGAAAUACAGCAAAUUAAACUGCCCAAAAUUAAGUGAAUAUAUAUUCAUUUUUAUAUUUUAAAGUUUAGAAAAUGAGUUAUGGAGCCACUCUUCAAAAAUAUGUCUAAUUAUAAAAGCCUUUUCCUUCCCAAUUUUCAUUUGAAUAGUGUUCACUUUAAUAAACAUAAAUAGAACAUAUUCAUUACAUUUCACAUAUCUGUAUUUGAGUACAUCCAAACCUGCUGUGCUAAUCAAAGUAAACUUCAAAGGCAUUUGAAAGCCCAGCCUUUCAUUUAGACAUGCACUGCUGUUGGCAUGUGAAGAGGACCUCGGUUUAUACCAUCAUCAAGUUAGAUCAUUUUAUACAUUUCAGUGGCCUUCUAAAAAGUUCUCCAAUGAAGAUAGCUUUUGUUAGAAAAGAAACAGCUUUUAUAUGUUCUCUAAACCUAUUACAUACAGUUGUCUUAUUGGCCUACAGACUAAUGCCUAAAAAUCACGGAACAGUUCUACCGCUAAAAUAAAUUGUACAUUGUAAAGCUUGUAGUAGCUAUUGUAUUAUUGAUUGUAUACUAUAUUAAAUGUGAAUUUGUACCCCUUCAUUUUAAAAGGUC